UAACGCCUUCACCGUCUCGCCGGCGACGUCGUCCGCUUGUACGUCGCCGCCGUUGGCACUCCGUGUCUCCUUCGCACGGCUUCGAUGCUGCGCCUGCCUCUGAAAGAAAUGCAAGCGUCUUCUGGUACAGUAAAAGGGAUGUUUAAGUCAAAUGCACCCUUGAUUCGGAGGUUGUUGAUUCUUCUGCAAUUUCUUCCUGGAGUUCUAUCUUGGGGAAAGGAAGGGCAUUAUGCCACCUGUAAAAUUGCAGAGGGUCUUCUAACUCAAGAAGCUAUUACAACUGUGAAGAUGUUGCUUCCGGACUAUGCCAAUGGUGAUUUGGCUUCUCUUUGCUCUUGGGCGGAUGAAAUCCGCCACAAUCCCAGGUGGCGGUGGACUGGCCCCUUGCACUAUAUCGAUACUCCUGAUUUCAAGUGCAACUAUGACUACUGUCGAGACUGCCAUGAUUUUGCCGGAAGGAAAGAUAGAUGUGCUGCUGGGGCAAUCUACAACUAUUCCACACAGCUGUCAUAUUAUGGGCUUCCCGCUUCGGAACAGAAAUACAAUUUAACGGAGGCUCUUUUAUUCUUAUCACAUUUUAUUGGGGACAUUCAUCAGCCAUUGCAUGUUGGCUUCACUGGAGAUGCAGGUGGGAACACCAUAACAGUUCGCUGGUACAGGCGGAAAACCAAUUUACACCAUGUGUGGGAUAAUAUGAUCAUCGAGUCUGCCCUGAAGAAGUUCUACAAUUUGAACCUUGCAGUGUUGGUGGAGACCCUUCGAACAAAUAUUUUGGAAGACUGGUCGGCUGACAUUCCAUCAUGGGAAGUGUGUGAAUCAAAUCAGACUGUUUGUCCAAACUUGCAUGCUUCAGAGAGCAUCCGCCUAGCAUGCAAAUUUGCUUACCGGAAUGCAACACCAGGAAGCACUCUAGGAGAUGAAUACUUCCUCACACGUCUGCCGAUUGUGGAGAAAAGACUAGCCCAAGGUGGGGUCCGUUUAGCUGCAGUCCUCAACCGCAUCUUCGUUCCUGUUCAACCCUCUCGUCUGAGAAGUGAUAGCUGAUAGAUGGGUGGAUUAUGAAAGGCGUAUAAUUUAAAGAAAGCUCUGGUGCAUUAAUUUUAUAUGGUGGUUCACGGAGGCUAUGAACUGGGACCAUCUAGAGCACAAAUUGGCCAUUGUAUCUUGCUGAAAUCGAUAGCCAUCCUCGGCCAAACUUGCCACCUAGGCUACCUAUUCCGAUCAUGUCACCUUUACCUCAUGCUUUGCAUGUACUCACAACUACUACCCUCUUCAUCUCUUAUUAUAUUCCUCUUUUAAGGAAAUUAAUGCUGAACCAAUUACUUUCUUUAUCGAUUAACUUGUUGUAAAAUAUAACUUGCUUUAUUCAUCUGUACUGAUGUGGUAUCCAUUUCAAUAAAAGUUCUGUAAGUUGUUGUAAAAUGUAA